AUGGAAUCUCAUAGAGAAGAAGCCCAAUUUGGAGUUGUUGUAUGUUUGAUCCGCUUUGCGAAGAUUGGGGCGUUUAGAGGUAAUCUCCAAGUCUCAAACUCAUUUGAUUCUUCGCAAUUUGUGUUCAAUCCUAACAUAAAGGAAGCAAAGGAUUUAAGAGAAGCUUUCAAAUUUAAUGACAAUUCUAUGAGCAUUUUUGAGACAAGUGAAGACGGGAAAGAUAUUGUUACUCAAGCCAACAGUGGGACUGGACAGAAACUAUCCAAUUGGAAAGAAUACGAAGAUAAAAAAUUAUCUGAGCUAUUGGGUUGCACACAGGUUGAGAAGUGCAAGGUUGUUGCUACAAUCUAUGCUAUAGAUACUGAUUAUGCAUGGUUUAGGCUUCAUAUGAUGGCUAAGGAUGAUACAGCUGAAGCAAAAUUUGUACUUCUUGAUUGGAUUGCAUGGCCAGUUAUAGGAGUAAAAGCCGAAAAUAUUCUGAAUGGUUCUUUGGAUGAGGUUGAAGAUCCUGAGUUAUUGCCUGAGUGUAAUACGGAUCUCGUGGGAAAGACUUAUAAGUUUGGUGUUACAAUUGAAAAAGGUGCUGAGAUUUUUAAGGUGCUUAAAGUCUGGUCAGUUUACAACACACUCAUGGUUGAUUCCCAGUCUGAAACCGCCUUGGAAAGGGAAACAAUAGCUAUCUCAGGCUCAGAGGUGUCUCUAUUAACUUACAGUGAUGAAAGCUCUAGCAAGAUGACAACUCCUUCAAAGUGA